GGCCAAGUGGACUGUCGCAAGGGGAGCUGGGAAUGGCCUGGUGCUGGGGGAGAGGUCCCAGAGGGCCAGGGAAGGCCGAAGCCAGAGAAUGGGGUUUUGCAGAGGGUAGACCACGAUCCCUCUGCUAAGCACACACCCUGCUGAGCACCGGGAAUUGAGCAGUGCCUGAGACAGAGUGUCUGCCCUCAGGGGGCUUCCAGUGGGGAGCCAGAUAAAUACACCAUGUCAUUGCAGCAGGACACAGGAUAAACAAGGCCAGCAAAAGGUGGCCUCUGAGGAGGGAUGAAACAAGCAAUCCAGCUGUGGAAGGAACUGGAGAACAGCCGUUCCAGACAGCUGACAGCAAGUGCAAAGGACCCGAGGCAGCGGCAGCGAUAAGCCUGGUCGCCUCCACUUUCAGACCAAGGGCCCUAGAGGAUGGAGGCCUCAGGGUGGUGGCCGCUGGUCACUGUGCUCAUGGCUGCAACUCCUCUUCUGGCCCAAGGAGACUCUGAGCUCGCGAACCCUGGCCCCAAAGACAGCCCUUCCAGGCCGGCCCUGCCCUGCCACAGAAUCUCCGUGAGCAACAUCGACUUUGCCUUCGGCCUGUACAGACGGCUGGCGCUGGGCGCCCCUGGAGAGAACAUCCUCUUCUCCCCGGCGAGCAUCUCCCUGGCCUUGGCCACAGUUUCCCUCGGGGCCCCGGCGGCCAGCAGGACCCAGCUCCUGGAGGGCUUGGGGUUCAACCUCACCGUGACGUCCGAGGCCGAGAUCCAGGAGGGCUUCCAGGAUCUGCUGCUUAGGCUCCCCACGCGGGGGUCCCACCUGCUCCUGACCACAGGCCAGAGAAGCUUCCGCAGCCUGGACCCCGGAGCCACCCAGAAACACAUCAAGGAGUAUGUGGAGGAGCAGACCCAGGGGAGACUUGGGGCCUGGGUGGAGGACCUCCGGGAGGAAGGUGCUGAGGUUCUGGUGAAUCACGUGGCUCUCAGAGCUGAGUGGGCACAGCCCUUCGACCCCGGGGCCACCAGCCUGAAGGCGUUCUUCCUGGACGAGCGCAGGGCUGUGCAGGUCCCCAUGGUGAAGCAGAAGGCCAGCCACCGCUUCCUCCACGACCCCGAGCUGCAGUGCACCGUGCUGCAGAUGGACCACGCGGGGAACGCCACCACCUUCUUCGUCUUCCCCAACAGGGGCAAGCUGGGGCAGGUGGAGGAGGCGCUGCUGCCCGAGACGCUGAUCAAGUGGGACAGUCUGCUCAGGACCAGAGAACUCGACUUCUACUUCCCCAAAUUUUCCAUUUCCAGCACCACCAGACUAGAGACGCUCCUCCCACGAGUGCCUGUGGGCGGAGGCCUCCCGGGGCAGCCUGGACGGGGCAUCUCUAGGGACCAUGGCUUCGCCGCCCCCGUUCCACACCACUGCAACCCCCUGUGCCAAGACGCCGGGCUCUCUCUGGAGCUGGCUCAGGUCAGGCCAGGCCCCACAAAGGAAUGAAAGGAAACCCACAGAGCCAGCCCCCUGCCAGGGAGGAAGCAGAGGGCAGAGCUGGAGGCUGGGGGAGGGUGACAGCCUCACCCCCACACCUCCCUGUCCCCUUCUCAAGGACAUUCACCAGGCCCAGCCCCAACCAGGUGCCACAUCAGCACCCCCCAGUGGACAGAUGAGGCAAGUGCUGCCAUCCCAUUUUGUAGAUGAGAUUGAGUUUGCAGUGUAUUAGUUCCUGUGCUGCUUCAGUAACAGACUACCAGGGACCAGGUAAUCUGUAAAUUGACUACCUCAUGGUGCCGGAGGCUGGGGAGCCCGAGGUGAAGGGGCUCCGCCUGGUGAGUACUUCUGGCUGUGUCAUAACAAGGAGGAAGUCCAAGCCAAAGCUCAGAGAGAAAAUGGGCCCAAUCCUCCUUCCUUCAGGAACCCAUUGCUGUGGUGACCGGCCCCUCGCCCGUGGUGGCAUUAAUCCAUUUGUGAGAUCAGAGCCCCCACAGUCUAAUCCCCUCAAAGGCCUGCCUCUUAGUCCUGCUCCUGGCAAUGACUCUCCACACGGGCCUUGGAGGGGCCAAGGGAAUUACCCCCAGUGACCACGCUAGUUAGUGUCCAGCCAGGAUCUGGGCCCGGGCAAGUCGUUGAGCACCGGGACCUGCAUUUGUCUCCUCAACCAUCCCUGGGCACCUCCCCAUUACCCGCAUGUCACACACACCCCAGAGGGGACAGUGGGUUUGAGGCCAGGCAGGCCUAGGCCUGGCUUUGUCUCACCUUAGCUGUGUGGCCUUGGGCUACAUCACCUCUCUGGGCGAUUGGGACCCUGGACCCUGUCUCAGGGGGAACACCUUGUCCAAUGUCACAGCAGCACAGGGUCCUCCAGCUUCAGGCUAGGUGAAGUUUCACACUCAGCAAUGGUGAUAAAAGAGAUGUGAUGGUGGAGUGAGGAAUUGGUUGGCCCUGGACAGAGCUGGGGUACAAAGAUAGAGCCGUGAGCAGAGCAAAGUUAGCAUCAGGUGGAUGCAGUGGCAGGACAGACCAUGAGCACACAAACAGACCUGCAAUAGGUCAGGUGGCAAUAAACCCACAGAUAUAGCAGUGUAAGUGGGUGGGGAUGGGGUCUGUCCAAGGAACACUAGUCUUGGAGUUCUUGAUGGGAAAGUGACCUGAAUAAGGGGAGGAAAGGAGUUCUUGGUAGAGUGCUCAAUAUGUGCAAAGGCCCUGAGGCAUGACCACGCCAUCCAAAGCCAGUGAGGCUGGAACACAGUAGACAAGAAGAAGUGCCGUGGGAGGUGGAGAGGACAGAACUCUUCAAGAUCAAUAAGACUUUGAUUUCCCCAAGAGUGAGACAGAACUCCACAGAGGGCUUUAACAGAAGAGUGAUGUAAUGAAUUCCCCUAAGUUAGAAAAAGAUAAUAAAUUACACAGGGGUGAGAGCACAGAGCAGCUGAAAGGCGAUGGAUGAGGGGGAACAGGUGGAGCUGGGAUUUGGACCUGGGCAGAUAGUUCCCAAGUCCAGGCUUGUACGCGUGUCCACAGUGCCCUCAGGAGGCUGUGACGGCUCUAUAAAUGAGGGAGAUGGUUCCCGUUCAGCUCCUCCCUGUCCCGUUUCUCU